GAUGGCUGAGGCAGUUUCGGGUUCUGUUGGGUCCGGUUCUGAUGUAAACACAGCAGAAAACCCAACACAAAUCGCCAUGGCGUAUCUACAAGACGAGAAGACUGAAGACAUUACUAACCUCAACCUGGGAGAACUUGACAUCACCACUGAUGAAUUUAUCUUAGAUGAAGUGGACAAUCAUAUUCAGGCCAAUCUGGAAGAUGAUCUUGUGAAGGAGGCACUCAAAACAGGCGUUGACCUUCGUCAGUAUUCCAAGCAGGUGGAAGCAGAGCUGCAGAAGAUUGAACAGGCUUCUAUCAAAGACUACAUUAAAGAGAGCCAGAAUAUCGCUCUUCUCCACAACCAGAUCACUGCCUGUGACUCCAUAUUGGAGCGCAUGGAGGGCAUGCUGAGCGGCUUUCAGAGUGACCUGUCCUCCAUUAGCAGUGAGAUCCAGACCCUGCAGCAGCAGUCAGUCAGCAUGAACGUCCGUCUGAAGAACAGGCAGGCCGUUCGCAGCCACCUCAGCCAGCUGGUGGAUGAGCUGGUUGUGCCCGGAGCCAUGAUCUCCACCAUCCUGGACAGUCCGGUGACGGAGCAGGAGUUUCUUGAGCAGCUUCAUGAACUCAACUCCAAAAUCAACUUUGCCAAAGAGCUGAGCUUCAGAGAGACGCUGGCCUGCUCCGACAUCCAGGACAUUGUUGAUCGUCUUAAAGUCAAGGCGGUUUCAAAAAUCCGAGAGUUCAUUCUUCAGAAGAUCUAUUCCUUCAGAAAACCAAUGACGAACUAUCAGAUCCCACAGAACACUCUGCUGAAAUACAGGUUCUUCUAUCAGUUCCUUUUGGCCAACGAGAGAACUGUAGCCAAGGAGAUCAGAGACGAGUACGUGGACACGAUGAGCAAGAUUUACUAUAGUUACUUCAAGUCCUACAGCAGCAGACUUCUCAAAGUUCAGUAUGAGGAGGUGGCAGACAAAGACGACCUGAUGGGCGUGGAAGACACAGCAAAGAAAGGUUUCUUUUCCAAACCGUCUUUGAAGAGCAGGAACACUAUCUUCACUUUGGGCCAGAGGGGGGCCAUUCUGAGUCCCGCCGAGCUGGAGGGGCCCAUCCUGGUUCCACACACGGCUCAGAGAGGAGACAGCAGGUAUCCCUAUGAGACGCUGUUUCGCAGUCAGCACUACGCUCUGCUGGACAACGGCUGCAGAGAAUUCCUCUUCCUGUCGGACUUCUUCAUGGUGAUCGGAAACUCUGCCCUGGACCUCUUCAACAGCAUCAUGGGGAAAACUCUCAGCAUGUUCUUGAAAAGUAUGUCCACCUACGUGUCGGACUGCUACGACAGCAUCGCCAUCUUCCUCUGCAUCCACAUCAUCCUCCGCUUCAGAGCCAUCACAGCCAAGAGGAACAUUCCUGCUCUUGACAAGUACUGGGACGCCGUGUUGGAGCUGCUGUGGCCGAGGUUUGAGCUCAUCCUGGAGCUGAACAUCCAGAGCAUCAGAAACACAGACCCUCAGAAACUGGGAGUUCUGGACACCAGACCGCACUACAUCACUCGACGUUACGCAGAGUUCUCCUCAGCCAUCGUCAGCAUCAACCAAACGUUUCCUAACGAGAGGACCAACGCUCUGCUGGGCCAGCUGCAGGCUGAGGUGGAAAACUUUGUGCUGAAAAUGGCCGCAGAGUUUCCCUCCAGGAGAGACCAGCUCAUCUUCCUCAUCAACAACUACGACAUGAUGCUCAGCGUUCUCAUGGAAAGAGCAGCAGACGACAGUAAGGAGGUGGAAAGUUUUCAGCAGCUACUUCUGGCCAGAACACAGGAGUUUAUCGAGGAGAUUCUGUCUCCUCCCUUUGGAGGCAUGAUUGCCUUCGUGAAGGAGGCCGAGGCGCUGAUGGAGAAGGGACAGCUGGACCGACUGAAGAAUGAGGAAGCUCGCAUCACUCAGCUGGUUCGAGGUUUUUCCAGUACUUGGAAACAGUCGGUAGAGUCGAUGAGUCAAGACGUCAUGAGGUCCUUCACCAACUUCAAAAACGGGACCAGCAUCAUUCAGGGCGCCCUAACCCAGCUCAUCCAGUACUACCACGGCUUUCACAAGAUCCUGAAUCAGCCGACGUUCCGCAGCCUGGCCGUCCGCUCCGAGCUCAUCAACCUUCACCACCUCAUGGUGGAGGUCAAGAAGCACAAACCCAACUUCUAACAAAACCGCCCAGUUAGAACAACUGGGACUCAAAACUGAAACAUUGAUCCUCCUGAGCUCACCUGUCACGUCUUCAAAACUCAAAAGCUUGAAAAGAAAGCAUUUACUGUAUUUUCUCCAGCACGCUGUUUGACAGGUUAGUGAGGAGGUGGCACACGUUAGAUCCAUUUAUUUAUAAAACCAAACUGUAAAUGCUUUACUGGAACAUUUGGUUCCUCUGAACUUCAUGAAUCAGUAACAUGAUCAAACUGUCACUGCGUAACUGUGUGUGCUGGGGAAACGGCAUAGCUUUGCACGAAAAUCACUUUCCAACAUAAUAAUUUAACCAGUAUCUACAAAUUUAACUGAUGAGAUUCAGAUUAAAGCAGAAUUUAAGAAAAGCCUCAAAAUAUAAUUCUUUAACUUUACUCUUAAUGGUAAAUGAGCAACUUAAUUCUGAUCUGGGAUGUAUAUUUGUACGUGAAUUGUGUGUAUUCUUUUUUUUGUUGUUGUUGGAGGAAUUAGGAUUAUGAUUUAUAACACUGCACUAGCAAGACAAGCUCCUGUGAACUACUUGAAACACUGAACUCUGCAGGAGAGGCAACAAGAAAGGUGGCAAUUUUUCCUUUUUAUCCACAAAUUCAAUAUUUUAACUCAAACCAUUCUGAGGCAACAGUUCAGACUGACUUCCUUUCUUUGUUUGGACGUCUCACCUUUGUGCUUCAGUGGUUCCCAACUGCGCUCCUUGAGGAACACCGUCCUUCAUGUUUUACUCGUUUCC